GGCAGAUGGGCUGAACUAAACGAUGACCUCACUUCAGCCUUCGUGCAUUUAUCCUGAAGUCCCUGUUAGUUUGAUGCUAUUGUGGUUGAACUUUCUUCGAGCAAUUUUUACGUAUUGGGAUAAACCAGCUCUUUAUUGACUGUAUUUAUUGGUUUCUACGAAGUGCAUCAUAUUUCACCAAAAAAACACGCGCCAAGACCUGGACCUUCGUCGCGUAAGAGUCUUGUUGAACUUAGCGAAGGGCUAGGUUAUCGAGUCUAGCCUCCGGUUCCAAUUUCUGCUGAAACACAGACGGUGUGGCUCCGUGAUGCAAUUGCGAUGAUCUAGAGAGCUCCGGCAAGUUGUUCGAGUCCUGUAAUCAUUUGAAUUAUACGCGCGACGGCACGCAAGCGCUAGCAUCUAGCGACUCAAAACAGACUCCAAUUACCGAGGCGAGGUCACCAGCGAUGACCACCUCAGAUAGCGGGCAUGCCUCAGAAGGCAUUGUUAAGGAUGUGGGAAAUAAAGCGGUCCAACCAAAAUCUAGAAACACAAAUAUUUUCCGAUGGACGCUCGGAUUGGUGGUGCGGCUUUGUAUCUGGUAUAUAUUGCUCACCCCAUUUUUCCGAUGCCCGGCUCAACUAUCGGAUUUGAACGAGUCCUCUCCGCGAGUCUGCAAGCCGUAUCUCGUCGCCAGAUCCUAUGUUGAGCCCCACCUUCUUCCAUACUACAACACUUACGGCGCGCCUUACAUUGAGAAAGCCCGUCCGUAUGUGGUGGUUCUCAAUGAGAAGGUUUAUACUCCUGCCGCGGAUGCCGCUAAGCUUGGCUAUGAUAAAUAUGGUGCACCUGCUUUGGACCAGGCUUAUGCUUACGGAUCCAAGCAGUGGGAAAAGCAAGUUGCGCCUCUUCUACAAUCCGCAAAGGAUGGUGCGAGCGAGUUGUAUGAUGCCGAGGUAGCACCUCAAGUCCGAAGGGUCACGGCAGCGGUGUCGCCUUACUAUCAGAAGGCGAACUCCGCCUUUGAGACAACAUGCGUUGGUUAUAUUCAACCUUUCCUUGCUCGGACAAGACCCUUCAUUGGAAAGACAUAUACCUCUGGUCAGAAUGUUCUAACAACUACGGUCAUGCCCUAUGCUCAAACGUCAUGGUCAUCCGUUAUCUAUUUUGUGAACAGCUGGCUGUGGCCACAAGUUACCGGUCUUUACUCCGAAAAUGUUGAACCUCAAUUAGUCAAAAUCGGGCAGAGGCUAGCCAGCUAUCGUGAGGGAAAGCAGCUGCGCAAGGUUGUGGAUGAGGUCAACAACUCUUCGGAACGACAGGCUAGUGUUGUUCCCACAUCAUCAGAAGCCAGCAAAACCGAAUCAUCUUCCACAACUUCUACAACUGUGGUUGCAUCCACAUCUCGCGCAUUGUCCCCUACAGAAUUGGCAGCACAAACUCGGGAGAAGAUCGAGUCAGACCUGCGGACCUGGCAGGAAAAGUUUUCAGUGGCUGCUGAUAAGGGUAUCGAAGAUCUUGAAGAGCGCCUAUACGAGCUUGCCGGGGAUUAUGUAAAUGGCGGGGCCAAGUAUCAUGGGGAGAGCCUUGUAACGGCUCUGGGAACCGCUGUGGAACACGAGCUCUCGGCUGUCAAGCUUCGUAUAAGCGAGUUGACUGAGGCUUUGCCUAAUGAAUAUUCUCCCGCGGAGCAAACGGCGCAAAGUGAACUUCUUAAGGACAUCAGACAAGCCGCAGUCAUCAUUAGGGAUCGCGCUCAUGCUAUCCGAGAAUGGCACAAUUCAUUUGAUCAGGAAUUAGUGCACCGUGUCUCUGCCACAGUAAAUUCUACCCUAGAUGUGCUUGACAGUGUGCGUGACCUGGGGCUUCAGGAAAUAGGGAUGCGCUGGGCUUGGAUGGAUGGUGUUACCUACAAAGAUUGGGCAAGGUAUCAUGCACUGAAAGCACAGUUUGAAGAUUGGAAGGGUAAAUUCCGGGAGGUUGGCAUGCGUCAUCCAAAAUUGGAAGAUGCCAGGGCACUCUCAGAUGAUAUCUUAUCUCGUGGAAUGGAUACCGCCGAAGCUGCCGCGAAAGAGCUUUCCAGGCUGAAAGAUGUCGGUAGAUGGAAGAUUGCGGCUCGGGAAGUAAGUGACAACUUCGAUACUAGGUCCGGCCCUCCUCCACGACGGCCAAUGCCUAGUGAGCCGACUAAACCCGCUCCCCAAGAGCAUACCCUAGAUACAGACUCUGCAUAUCACGAAGCUUCAAUGCAGCAUGAAGCCGGCAACGCUAGCUCAGCAGCACAGGGUAUUGCGGAAUCCGAAGACCAAGCGCUGGGCCUUGACGAUGCACCUAUAGCACAUGACCAAGUCACGUCGGAGGGCGAGGAAUCUUCAAGCGAAGAACUGGAGCCAUCUGAUGCUCGUGCGGAAUCUGAUAGUCAUAUAGAGACCGACCCACUCACAGCCCAGCAAACUGGCAGGGAGGAAGACACCACGAGAUCCACCUGGGGCGUAGCUGCAGCUGAAGCUAUGUCGAAACAAGGCGGAGCCGAAUUCGAGGAAGUUCCCGAGAAUAUUCACAGUGCCUUAAAUCGUGCUCGUGAAAACUAUGCGGGAGCUGAAAGAUCAGCUGGAGCGGGAUCAUCUAAGUCACUUGAGCAGGUGGCUCGCGACCAACUCGAUGACACCGACAACCUUCAUAAGCCGCAAGCACCAAGCCCUUCCAGCGCUCAUUAUGAAGCUAUUGAAAACCUCGUCUCCGAGCUGCUCGCCGGCAAAGACCCUUCUUUUGCCCAGGACGUGAUGGACAAACUACACGCUAUUUAUGGAACCACGCAAUCCGAAGCACAGAGAGAUUAUGUUGCAAACGAUAGGACGGCUUCCAUUCCAUCCUCAUCGGCUACUAGCAUGCCCGUUGGUGAAGACUCUGUAAGGGAUAACUUUGAACAACCUGAAGGUUUUACACCUGUUGCGGAGUCUGCCACUAGCAGCGAUGCUUACACCCCAAGCGAGCCUGCUUUUCCUUUGGAAAGCACAGAGGAACAGCACACAAGGACUGCUACCAACGAAGGCGACUUCAUUCUGGACACCACCGAGACUGCUGCAUAUAGUAUGCAGAACUCGGGCGACAGCCUUGAAGAGACACCUGUUAGAGACGAUCUAUGAUCCAGAAGAUACGCAAAGUUUGCUUGCUGCGAACCCAAAUUCCGUGUGGAUUGGAGAAUAUAUGGUUCGGUGCAACGCGAUACACUCAUGAAUGAUAUCCCCCUCUUUUAUUCAUUCCCACUAGCUUGAUUAUCCUAUCAGAUUGAUCAUGACCUUAAUUAUUCCCCACAUAGUUUUCUGCGAGUAUGUUUCGGUACAUUAUAUUGCUGAUUUUUUUUAUGUUUGCGUAUACUCCUGCAGCCUAAUGAUUGUUGUAUGCACUAGCACACCAGUGGAUUUGUAAGUCUAUAUAUGUGCACAUCAUUAUCGUACAUUCAUGUGAGAACGUAAUUCAACACAUUU